AGCUCAUAACAAAAUGGCGGCGGUGAUUCAACGCCUUUCGAGACAAGCUUUAGUCACCUUCAUGACAAGAGAAACAGCAACGUUUUCUUCGAACUUUGAAACCUUAAAAACAAUGGUAGGUCAGCAAUGAAAAUUGCAAAAUAUCUGAUCACCUUUAGAGGCCGUUGAUGGUCAACAAUAAGCGUACAUGCACUUAAUCACGCACAUCCGGUAAACAUGUACUUUGCCGGUAAAAAUCCUUUCAAAAAUUUAUGUGAGAGAUUUGGAGCUAGAACAACUUUCCUUUCAACCAAUUUUCAAAGCAUGAAAUGAGUUGCAAAAUAUGUUUUGUACUUUUGAUGCAAUGCUAGUUGAGAUGGUUUAAUGUUGACCAUAGAUUUUACGUAUUCGUUUACGUACCGGAACGUAGAAACAUAAGUUUGAUCCAAAUUGUAAACAGUAAAUUUACACGACACGUUAUCAUUCAAGCAUGGUCUGAUAAUUUCUUUGAAACUGCAUUAACAAGCUUCCAAAGCAAGCUAGAGUCAUUAAAGCAACAUGUUGUGGGUUGAAAAUCGUGGGAAUUAUGGAUUAGGUACCAUGUCGCCGACCGUUUUUCCAUGUCAUUUGUGUUCUCUGGCUACAAAUUUAUUUUUCAGGAACGCGAGCGUUUGAAACAAUAUGAAUGUUUCUUCAUAUUGUACCGGAUACAGAUAUGAUCCCUUUUUAGUCUAGAGUAUUUGUUACUUAGCUUAUCGAUGAAUAAAUACGGUACUUAAAAAUAAACAUUUCCUAAUGUUCAUGUAAUCUUUGACAAAAGCUUGUUAGUCUAGUAAUUUUUUGACAACCAAGUUUUAAGAAGUAUGGAUAACUGUAUUUAGUAGAUAGGUCACAAAGUUAAUAGAGAGAAUGGCUUCCUUUAUGGACCAUUAUCUGCUGGAUAACACUAUCUACCCUUCAAAUAACUGGGAUUGGACCUGUAUUCCUUUAUGAGGUUGUUGCUGUUUUUGCCAGUAUAUUAUAUGCUAUCACUGGUUCACCCAAUGUAAACUACAGUCAUGUGAUUACACAUCAUAUCAUCAUUAUAGAUAAAGAUUUUUUUAUUCAGUUCUAAUGAUGCAGUUUAGUAGAGCAAGGUAAUUUGUCAUUAUCAGCUGAGUUGAUAACACAAAUUGCCCACCAUAAGAGUUACAAAGGUGACAUUUUGAGUGUUAGCCCUUCAUCAGCAUAACUCUUAACAGUGGUCAAUCUACAUUAUCAAGUCAUUUGAUAAUGCUAGAUUUCCUUGUUAUACUCUCUCACCAACACAGCACCACAGUUUCUCUAUUAUUAAUAGUUUAGUAAGGCACUUGGCUUCAUCCUCCGGAAACUUUUUUAGUGGUACCUUGAAGCCCAAUGCACAAUAGUCAUCCAGCCCAUGAGGUAUUAUGGUCUUUGAGUCCCUCAGUUGACUUUGAGAGCCAAGUCAUUUGUUGUAAUGAAUAUAAAGCUGAUAACAACUUAGUUUCUUUGGUCACAUGUUUUAAUUAAAUGCAUUUCUUAUAUAGAUCCUAUAAAAAAGUUGUCACUUUCCUUGUUCAUUUAAGAGAGUCAUUCAACUUUUCUUUAUGUACAUUACAGGAAGUUAACAUACUGAUCCUUUACUUCUUUGUUUUUGUUUUUGUUUUUUUUUUUCAGCUUGACUCAAUCACGGCAGAUGACAUCAAGCUUUCUGUUCCAGAUCCUUUAGAACAGAAUAAUGGAAGCUUCACUGAAGCACCAGCAACUCAUGUUUCCAUCUUUGAGUGUCCAUUCUUUUCAUUAGGAGUAUUCAUCUUAAGGAAAGGAUGUUCUAUUCCUCUCCAUGAUCAUCCUGAUAUGUUUGGUUUGUGGUAAGUCAAGUAGCAUCACUGUUUGUUGCAAUUUGCACUCAGCUUGUAAAAAGAAUAAUAACCCUGAGGCUUAACUCUAGUACUUCCAGUGUAACUGCAUUACUGGCAGCACUACUCAGGGCCAAAUUGGCAACUAGAAUGCUUCAUCAUAACCUGACCUAGAGGUAUGGUGAGUUAAAAAUAUUUGCAAAGCUAAAUCCAUGGCAAACUUCCUUGUUAAGUUUGUUUCCAAAAUUCAGCACUUGUAUCUCAAUUGAUGACUAGACGCCAUCUUGGAUUUAGGAGAACUUGAACUUUGUAUAUUAUAUCAUCCAUCCUAGUGUCCACUUUGUGGUACAUAAAAGAUUUUUUCCCAGACUUAAUUUUGGAGGAUCUAUCCAGAACACUGACAGCGGGAAAAAAGGUUUUGUUUGUCUUUAAAAAUGGCGACCAACUUUUUUUCGAAUUGGCUACCACUGUGAAAAAUUUAGGAGCCAAGUGGCUAUCAGGAAAAAAAAUUAAUUUCACGCCCUGCUACUGAAAUGGCUAUCCUUAAUUUUUAAAAUGGAAAACAAAUUAGCCAUACAAUUCAAUCCCUUUAUCAAGUUAAUUAAUUGCAAGAAGUGGGGUCUUUAACAGGGCAGGUGUCAGAAGAGAUGCAUAUAUUACAUCACAUGAGAUCCUGGUAAUCCCCUAGCUUGCAAGAGCUUGUUUUUUUAGUUCUGUGGUAUUGCAUUGGAGUAUAGAAUCAAAAAAUUUGGGGAUCUAUUCUAAGUAGGACCUUCAGAUUUUUUAUUUGUCCUUUGUGACAAGACAGAUUUCAACUUUCCUUCACCAGAACCAUUCUUAACUCUUGACUGAAAAACUGAGGUUUGAGCCUUGGGUGCCUCUUCAUGUUGUGAUCAUGGAAAAGACACUUUCCUACUAGUGUCCUUCUCCUUUCAGGAGUGUUACUGGGUACUAGCAAAAUGUUAUGAAAAUCUGACAAAAUGAGGCAUGGAGUCACUUGCCAAACUUUCAUAAUUUAAUUUAAUGUCAGUAGGUAAAUUUGAUCAGUCCACUUAUACUUGUUCAGUUUAUCAAAUUGCAGUAAUAAAAUAUGGUUACAAUGACUUAUGUGAAACUUAAUUUCUUGUACUGAAAUGCAGGUUUAUGUUUUUGUUUUGAAAUUUCAGCAAAGUGGUGUAUGGGAAAAUAUCGGUGGAUUCAUAUCAAAGCCAGUCUGAGUAUGUACCAACACUUCUGCCCUUUUUCAGUACUGUUGUAUCUGUUGAAGCUUGUUAGGUAGAUUUUUAAAUUCUGCAGUGAUAUAGUUAGAGUGAAUUACAUAUUUAUGCUCACUACAGGACUACACUAAAUGGAAGAACAGAUGGCUUUACAAAACAUCCUCUUCAUACCCGUAAAAGUAUGUAUUAAAGCUCUUAAUGACAUAUUUAAUGCAAUAACUUUGGUUUCUGACAGUGUAUCAGUAGAUAAAGGAAUAUGUGUGUGCCAAAAUAAUGAUGAUCCACUUUGCUGUGAACGUGUUGUCUGAAUCAUAGAGCAUUUCAUUGUCUAAUUUCUGUCAAGUGUUGUAUUUCCACUGACAUGUAUCCUUGGACUCUUUAUAGGAAGGCUCAUAAGAUGCAGGAAGACUGAACAAUCUUUUGAAGAAAGCAGUGGGAGUUGUGUGCUGACACCGACUGUUGGUAACCAUCAUACGAUUCACAAUACUAGGUAAUCCUUGGUAAUCACUCUCCUUUCUUUUUCUCAUCACUUAUCAUAGAAUUGAUUGAUAUUUAUUGUGAAGCUCCUUUGAUAUAUUUGUGUAAAUGUUUGUUUUGAAUGUAUUGUCACAAUAAUUUAAAGAUUACAUGAUUGUAUUCUCAGGGUGAUCCUCCCAUAAGUAAAGAAUGCUUAAGGAUAUGGUAGACCUUUGAGAGCUCAUUUGUUUCACUUUAAAAUUUUUUUUCAUCUCAAACUAACUAUAAUUAUUUUAACUAUAGUUUCCAAGAAAAAAAUUCUCAUAAAAUAUGGAAAUGCACAAAAGUUAUAAACAAAAACAUAUUUCAAAUUCUUUAGCCUGCUAAAGUGUGAAUAGCCAAUUAUAAUUGACUUCCAAAGGGUUUCUUGCAGCAAAACUCCCUGGUCUUUGAAUUUCAAUCAUGUAAACAUUUCCUGAUUUCAGUUGCACAUUGAGAUCUGUGCUUAUGUCUGUGUUUAAAACUAAAAUGUGAGUGACGAAAGAUAAAAAGAAGGAGAGUCCAUAGAUAAAAGUUGAAAAAGAGGCCUGGCUGUCAGCACAAGAAGUGAAGAAAUUCAACACAGAAUGGUGAAAGAAUCUCACUGAAAGGGAUAAAGGCUUAUGGUUUAGGUAAUCUUCGCUGCUCACACUUGAUCAGCAACCAUUAAGUUUUGCCACAGCAUGCUUAAGCUGCUUUAAGCUAGAAAAUUUAAAUAAAGGGUUGAAAUCAAAAUUUGCCAUUCAGCAGAAUUGAACUAAAGUCUGUCACAGGUGACUAUUAGAUAGUUACCUGCAAAAUAGCAGCAGGAGGCUUCUGUGUUUCUAUUGGCAGUUGGCAUUUCAUGUUUUUCAGAGUGUGAACUGGUUCAAAAGAAGGCACAUUCUCAUUAAUUUGUGCCUUAAGGUGUAAACUUUAGGGAUUGCCUCAAAAUUUGGUUUAAAGAUUCCCAAGAUGCCAACCUAAAAACUGAGUGGGGAAAUUCUGAUUCUCAGAACUGAUCUCCCACAAUGGCCUCUGAUGUAAUAUGUAUCAGUAAAAUUUUGACAGAUAAAUUCCAAAGCAACCAAGAAGAAUAUCAAAAUAAUCCCACAUGGUUUUGUAGACCAGCUGCUCAGGAUUUGAAUUUUGCAGAAGUUUCAUUUGUGCAGUCAGAUUUGAUAAUCAAUUAAUUCAAGAUAAAACAGAAUAAUUUUGCCUAAUAGUACAUUUCAUAACUUCUCCAAUGAUAUGUAGUUUCUGGUGGUUAUGCUUCAAAUAGCACAUUAAGAUUUUUUUUUGUGAAGAAUGUCCACAAAGGUCUACAGUAUCCUUAAUGUAGAGUGUCUUUGCAAAACGUUUGCAUCAUUUUCAAAGAGCCAACUUACCUACAUAGCAUUUAGGCCACUUUUCAAGGUGAACUGCUCCAAACCCUCCUUCUUGAGAGGCCACAGCUGUUAAGAUAUUUAUUUUAAACUUUGUAGUCAGAAAUGAUGUUAUGGCUAACAACUAUUCACCAAAGUGGAGGUUUUGUGGCUUGGGAAAUAUCCACUGCUAGUCACUGUCUUGGAGGUUAAUAGUUGUUUAAGUGGAUACUAAAAACUGAGGUAAUAUAGCACAAAGAGAUGACUUUGACUUGAUGGCAAUGUUUGCAAUAUUUUUGGGCACAAACCCUGUGCACCUUACUCAGAGGUGAAUAGCAAAGGAUGUGUGGAGUUUCAGUAUCGAAUCAGAACAUGCCUUCAAUGCUCUCCACUGUUUAGUAUAUACUGAUAUCUUUUAUCCAAAAAUUACAAAAUAUCUUAUCUGUUGAUUGAAGUAAGAUAAUUAUCUGAUUGUAACUAGGAAAGUGAGUUCCAGGCUUGUGAAAUGUUUAUUUAAGGUAAAUAUUUCUUGUUGCACAAUUGGAAACUUUUGUCAGUUACUUAAAAUUGUUUAAUGUAUGGUUCCUCUUUUGUUGCAGUCCAGGACCAUCAGCAUUUGUUGACAUCCUUGGUCCUCCCUAUGCACAAGACAAAGUGAGUAAACAUGAACACAGUAGGGUUAGACUUUUUCUUUUUUGGCUUGAACUAUAAAAAAAGGCUUUGUUGAUAUCUAGGUGCAACAAGUUUAGAUCAGUAAAAUUAAUUCGUAGUGGUUAAUUUUGCUUUAUCGUACUAAGGGGUUAUUUUGGAACUCUUGUGAUGAAUAUCUCUCCCACAUGUUUCUAGUUAAUAAGAGUAAUUGGCAUGCCUCCCCUUACUAGAUAUUCAACAAACUUCCACUCAAAAUAAAAUAAGUUACUCCACAGUUCCCUGCUUUCCCCACAAACAAUGUUGCUUGAAAUAAGUGAGGGUUACUAGUUUUAUCAGGCAACAUUGAAACAAGAGAGAAAAGGAGAAAAAUGAAUGUUAGAAACAAAAAUCAAAAAGUAGUAGAUUGUGUCAAAACUUUUGCCACUCACUGUAACUUUUUUGUUUUUUAAUUCUGAAAGAAUACAAGCUCUUUAAUACUUUUCCUUAUUUGUCCAACAAAUUGGUUGACACUGUCUCUCUCUCCCCCCCCCUUAAACCAGCUUGACUAGGUAAUAGGUACACAAAUUGGUUGCAAAUGUAAAUAAGGGUUUUGCUUUAAAGCCAAAAACCAAAAUGGGGUAAUCUCAACAAUAUUUCAUACAGUUACUAGUGUUGUGGGUGGUUGAAAUUAUGGCCUUGAUUGAAUUUUUAAAAAGGUCUUUCUUGUGUUCAGUUAACUUAUCACUGUCAGUAAGCACAAGAGGACUAAUUUCAAAAUUGUUUUUUGUGCAUGCAUGUACUUUGAAAAACAACUUGAAGGGUUAUUUGAAUGAGGAAGAACAAAAGCUUAUAGAGUGUAUGUGUUGUGUAGGGUCGUGACUGCACAUAUUAUCAAGAGUGUGAUCCUUUACCAUACCUAAACUCCAAUAGGAACAAUCAGGUGAUGUAUCUUACUUUACACAUGCUUCAUCAACUGUUAUUUUUAACAGGAUUCUGAUUGUUUUUCAGAUUCAAUUAUAUGUAGAUUGAUCUUUCUUAGAAUAAAAAAAUUGUUUAACAUAUUUGACUCAGUGUGGACUUGUUCACUCAGUCUUUUGUAACUCAGUGAGAAAACUCAGCCCUGUAAUGCUGGUAUGGAACAAUUUUCUUGAGAUGUGAUUUUGAUGCAGAAAUGCACUUAGUUUUGCCCACAGUUGCAUUGAGCUUGCCAGAUCUACUUUACAUUGAAAAAAAUAAAACAUCCCUCUUAUCAUUUCUCUCCUAAUUUGUUUUUGCAAAUUCACAAAGAUACUGAAAAGGAAUUAUGGUCAAGUUGCUGACAGUUCAAAUCACCAACACCAACUUGCUGACAUAUAAAAUCAAGUAGAGAUAUCAGUGAGUUGGUCUUCAAUCCAACUAAUACAACUUAUUAGAAGUUAAACAUAUAAAAAAGUAAAAGAUCUUUAGCAAACAAAAAACAAAAAAAGCCAAAAACUUGGCUUUCUAGACAAGAUCUUUAGUAAAAACAAUUUUUUUAUUUCCAACAAAGUUUAUUAGGAUCUCAAGGCAAAUAAAGCAAGGUAAACAUCACCAAUGACCAACAAUUAGCUUUAGAUGCAAACAAGGUAUGGUGCGACAUCAACACUGUAAAGACUCUUUAUGUCAAUCAGUCAGAUUUUUAAAAAAAACUUGGCUUUCUAGACAAGAUCUUUAGCAAAUAAAACAAUUUUUUUUCGUCCAACAAAGUUUAUAAGGAUCUCAAGGUGAAUAAAGCAAGGUAAACAUCACCAAUGACCAAUAAUUAGCUUUAAAUGUGAACAAGUUAUUGUGUGACAAUACCACUGUAAAGACUUAUCAUGUCAAUCAGUCAGAGUAAAAAAUAAAAACUUGGCUUUCUAGACAAGAUCUUAAGCCAAAAAAAAAAUUUUUUUUUCAUCGAACAGAGUUUAUAAGAAUCUCAAGGUGAAUAAAGCAAGGUAAACAUCACCAAUGAAAAACAAUGAGCUUUAGACGUGAACAAGUUAUUGUGUGACAAAGACUCGUCAUGUCAAUCAGUCAGAUUAAAAAAAACUUGGCUUUCUAGACAAGAUCUUUAGUAAAAAAAUCUGACUGAUUGACAUGAUGAGUCUUUCCAGUGUUGUUGUCACACAAUAACUUGUUUGCAUGAAACUUGAAACUUUUAUAGUCAUUGGUGAUGUUGACCUUGCUUUAUUCACCAUGAAAUCCUUAUAAACUUAUAUAUUGGAAGGAAAAUUUUUUUUUACUAAAGAUCUUUUAAUUUUCUAUAUGUUUAACUUCUAAUAAGUUGUGCUGAAUUAAAGACCAACUUGCCGAUAUCUCUACUAGAUUUUCUAUGUUGGCAAGUUAGUGUUGGCAAGUUGAACCAUCGGCGACAUGACUGGAUACCCUGAAGAGGAGGCUUUAUUUGAAAGAUAACUUUUGUACAGAGUUUAAGGUAUUGACUUAAGUGGCUACCUUUUUCUCAUCCAGGCUCCACCAAUUGAGACAGAUAGCUCUGAAAGGUAAGAGUUUCUGUUUGCAAAAGUUAAUGAGGUAUAUCUGCAACCCACAGAAGUAUUUCUCAUCAAUUAAUUCUCACAUAGCCUAUAGGGGUGUAGAAUGUAUCUUUUUAAGAAGGAGUUCAAACUUGGUCAUAGACUUAGAAAGUAUGUGAAAGUGACUUAUUAUGAUUGCAAGAAUCAAACUAUUGUGUUCAUCUCUGACAUGGUCUCACAGGUCUUCUCUUCAACAACAGUUGUUCUUGCAGAAAAUGUAACUAUGAAAAAUUAUGUUUCCUGUUUUCAUUUAGAUGGAUAAUUGAAAUACCUCCUCCCCGAGACUUUUACUGUGAUACUCAGGUAAUGUUAUGUAAGUUCCUAUAUUUUCAUUCAACAUGUUUUUGUACUGUAGUUCACAUUCACCCCAUGAUGUUCUGUGAAGAUGGCUUUUUUGUGGGAAUGUCAGUUAAUUUUUACUCUUCAUUCAGUAUUGAAAAUGAAAUCAAACUGAAUCAUUAUUCUGGGAGAAAAUUAGUGACACUUAAACUUUUCACUUUGUCACAUGCUGAAGACUGGGAGUAUAGCAAUCGAAACAUUGCAUUCAUUACACGAUUGAUAUGCCUGACUUUUACAUCGUGAGACAAACAAUUAAACAUUCAUUUAAAAAUAACCCACUUUCCCAGCUCUCCAAUAAGGUAGUUUCUCAGUAAUAAUAAAAGUUUUAUUUUUAUUCCCUUUUUUUCUUCAGCCAUACAGGGGACCACCUGUGAGUCUGCAGUUAAUCUCUGGUCCUUCAGACUUAUAAUUAUACCAUACCCAGUGACAAGUAAGAAGGAUUACAUUUAACGGAUCUGCACUGGAGAAAAAUAUACAUUUAAACAAGUUUGUAUAGUAUAAUAUAAUUAUACAGUUUAUUUAUACAAAAUACAUAGGUUGCUUAUUUACAUUUCUAAGUAGAAGUGUUGCAGUUCUGAAUUGCAAAAGGUCCUUCAUCUAUAAUUUUUUAUGCACUUCAAACUUUCAGCAUCUAUUGAAUUCAUAAAUUAUUUUAGCUUGACAAGACACGAAGGUGUUGACAAAAUUGACUUGUGCUACCCAAAAAAAAAAUCAUUAUAAGAUUCAUUUAAAAUUACUGGGCUGAUAACUCAAAGUCACAACUAUGUUUUGGUUUUUUGUUUAAACAUGUAAUGUAAGUCACCAAUUCAAAGAUUUGAAGGCAGGAGAAAUUGUCAAAAUUGAUGUGCUGCUAGUACCAAAGGAACUAGCUAUGGGGAAGUCUUGUCAUCUAUACUUCACCUAACAUUUAUCAAAGUUAGUCAUACUUUUUUUUUUAUUAAGCCUGUUAUUUAGCAAGUAGAUCCUUUCUGCAGUGUGCAUGUUUGGUUACUGUAAUAGAUCAGAGAUGUCAAAGUGUGGAAAGAACCAAAAAAGUGGUGCAUGAGGAACAGACAAGUGUCACCUGUGUUUUUACCACAUUUUGUUGUCUUCUGAGAUAUAUUACUAAAGCCUUUACACCCUAACAUCAGUAUGCAUAUUCUCUAUUCUGUUCUCUGUACAUUUCCUAAUGCGCUGGCAAGGAAAAUUUGUUUAACAAUCAAGAGGUUCUUUAGUUGAUUAUCAUUUCCUUUAUUCUCAUGACCUUAAUGUUUGAUUCAGGGAUAAUAUUGAAAGGAGAAAUUAGAUGCUAGUCACUCUCAGGGAUUAAAGGGUUAACAUACACACCACAACAAGGAAUCAAAUUGUUAUAUAUUGUAAAAAAAAGAUAUUUUAUCAAUGGUAGCAUCAUUUAUGGGUCUGUCUUCCAACAGAUCAAUAGCAAGAACCUAACAAAGUGCGUAUAUAAUGUAGCUUGUUAAAUGAAUACAUUUACGUCAUAGAUGUCCAGUGAUAUUCACAAAGUUGGGUUGUGAACAUCUUUUAAAGCCAAACUUUCACUUUUUAUUUUGUGAAAUUUGAAGUUGGAGAAUUGACUUGGAAGGCUUUUUGUUGUGUGUGUAGGUAUAUGAAGUGAUUUUCCAGUUUCAGGGUUUUGUUUGUUAACAGAGUGUUGGUAGUAGCAGGAAGGCUGACCUUGCAGUAAUUUCACCCUGGUCUGCUUGUACCAAUUGAUAAGGCUCUCUAACUGUAUGCCAUAAACAGGUUGUGAUAAGUUAGUGUAACAUAACGAUUGAGUGUAAAAGGCACGUGUAAAAUUUACAUAAUUUGAUCAAAAGGAGAGUAAACUUUCCAGAUACUUUCCUAACUGUCAAUUUAGGUCGGCUUCUUGUGUGCAACCAUAAGUUCCAAAGAAAUAAAUGUAACC